UGGUCGUCGGCAGCUGUCGCUCACAUGACCGAGAGGGGUUGAACUUUGAGGUUGAAAGGUUCACCCUGAGGCUUGGGGUUCGGUUUUGAGGCUGACUGGCUUGCAGGCGUCUCCGACCGCCAACGACACCACCAGGCUGACAUGGCGUCAAACAGUCUCUUCAAUGCCAGCGGCCACACACUCAAUACAAAUGCUGUGUCGAAGAAUCGACCUGCUCCAUCGCCAUCCAACCUCGACCUGGACGAAGCCAAAACGUGCGACCUCCACGAGCGAGGUGCAGCGCUCGCCAGAGGCCUGGUGGCCACUGACAGCCCCAACUUCCUGUGCAGCAGCCUGCCUUAUCACUGGAGGUGCAACAAGACCUUGCCUCGACCCUUCACUGUCGUUUCCUUGGGCAAUGACGUGCCGGACGGCGCACUGGUCAUGCUGAUGGCGGGAAACGAUGACAACAGCAGCGCCGAGUUACGCAACGCCACGGCCACCAUGAGGCAGGGUCACGCCCACUUCAACGACCUGCGCUUCAUUGGUCGCAGCGGCAGAGGCAAGAGCUUCACCUUGUCCAUCAAUGUGCUGACCGCGCCCCCUCAGGUGGCCACGCUGCACAGGGCCAUCAAGGUGACGGUGGACGGCCCGCGUAUGCCCAGACGACAGCAUCAGAAAGAAGUGGAGUCAGCACUUUUCAGAUCAUCCAGCUGUGGCUUGUCAUCUUCUGACUGCAGAACUUGGUCCUCCUCCUCCCUAUGGUCCAGCGAGCCAUCCCUGUUGGGUCAGAUGGCCGCCUUGACAUCUUCCUUUCCUCCGCCUGUCACAAUGCGCCACCAGCAACAGCGCCAGCGCCAGCGUCAGUGCCAUCCCAUCCUGUCCUACUCCGCCCAGCCCCCCGUCUGUGCCUCCUACCUUAACUCAACGUCCCACCCUCCGCUCAGCCACGGCGGCCCUUAUUACUACGGGCCCAACCAAGCCAUCCAGACGGGGGAGGAUGGAGGCACGGCGGCAGCGGUGGCAUUGAGCGCUUACAUUGAGGGGGCGUGUUUGACCCUCAGGGGAGAGGAACCUGUGUGGAGGCCUUAUUGAGACGAUGGAGAUGGCGAGCCACCAUUGAUUACAUUAUCAACAACCUCAGUAGACUGGACAGAAUCAACUAAUCUCUCACAUGUAUUGUACUAUUUAAAAAUGAUAGGAGAUAGUUUAAGGGCUGCAUUUAUGUGAUUCUUAUUAUGAAUAAAUUUGCAGCAAAUUUUUCCUAACAGGGUGUUGAGUUAGUCUUGAGUGGAACAUAAUAUUAACCCAUUUUGGAGCGUAACAUGAAAUGUGGAAAAAGCCAAGCACUCUGGAUAUCUUCCAGAUGCGCCCUAUGUGCCAAAAUGGCAGCAGCGAGGUUUGGACGUACGUUAUCUGCUAAUCUGAUUGUUUGACCCCUUGUAUUCUUGUCAAUAUUUUCUUUUAUGGAGCCAAGCAUUCAAACACAAGUUGCAAAUAAAAAUACAAUUGAGCUUCUGUCAUUGGGCAAGAAACACUCCCAGUCAUGUUCCCGAAUGUAGAGUCAC